UUAAUGACAGGAAAUAGAAGGGACGUUUUUGUUAAUUGUUAUCACAUUUUCUCAGAACGGUGUUAGAGUGAGUGCAUUGACAGAGAUCACAGCAUAUUUUUGACUGUAGAGAAGAAUUGUCUUAAGGUUCAUCAAUCAUGUUCCUGUAUACUUCAUGACUGCGUGAUAACUGCCUGUCAAUGGGCGCAGGUGUGGCCAAAGGCCAUAAAGCAACAAUUAGCCAAACAGUCAACAUCCAUGUGAUCACAGACAUGGCCUGUGAAUCGUGUGCUAUAUCGUUUACCUUUUUCAAAAGAAAGAAACUGUGUAACGACUGCCUUCGCUACUUUUGCUCAACCUGCCUCCCUAAGCAAGGAGUUUUACCUCAACCCCGCAAAUGCCCUAAGUGCCGAAUUCUUGGGAUGGGAAACUUCUCUCGUCAAGAUCUAAUGCAAUGGAAGGUGAAGGACAUGAGAUGUUUUCUUGAUCACCACAACAUUCCCACAGGCAUGUGUCGGGAGAAAAUUGACCUCGUUGACCUUCUCGUCAAGUACUUCUCUCGGUUGCCUGAAAAUCAGCAACAGUCAGAACAUGAAAGGAUGGUGGAAAAUUUAGCUCAACGUAUGAGACAGUCAAAUGCUCAGGAGUCGAGAGGAAUGGGUGACACCGAAAACCAUCUGCAUGAAGAACAGGAAAUAGAACAAACUGAAGCCGCAAUAAAUACGCGUGACUUGAAUCGACUUCGUCAGCGUCAAGAGCAGGAAAUGAGAGAAGCAGAAACUCGCUUGUUUAACGAACUGCAUGACAACGAAACAGAGACUCAUGGUGAGCCAGUUCCUCGCAUGAAGCUUGAGAAGAUUUCGUCUCUCGAUGAUAUAGGAAACCUGACCGCACGCCAGCUGAAGGAAGUUCUGGCUAACAACUUUGUCGACUACAAGGGAUGCUGUGAGAAAGCCGAGCUCGUGGACCGGGUGAAGCGGCUCUGGAAGGAAGAACAGAACAACAAGGCAAAAGCUGAGAGAAUUCAUAAAGUUUCUUCGUUGCCUGAAACGCACGUGCUGCAUUCUGAAGAGCAUGAUCUGUGUAAGAUAUGUAUGGACGCCACGAUCGACUGUGUGUUGCUGGAAUGUGGCCACAUGGUGACGUGCACCAAGUGCGGCAAGCGUCUCGCCGAGUGUCCGGUGUGUCGGCAGUAUGUGGUGCGCGCUGUCCACACAUUCCGCUCGUAGACACUGCCAGCAGUGAAGCAACGACACACUUAAUACAGUGAGGCAAUGACACACUUAUUGCAGCAAAGCAAUGACACACUUACUGCAAUGAGACAAUGACACACUGCAGUGAGGCAACGACAUACUUACUGCAGUGAGGCAACGACACACUUACUACAGUGAGGCAACGACACACUUACUGCAGUGAGGCAACGACACACUUACUACAGUGAGGCAACGACACACUUACUGCAGUGAAGCAACGACACACUUACUGCAGUGAGGCAACGACACACUUACUGUAGUGAAGCAACGACACACUUACUGUAGUGAAGCAACGACACACUUAAUGCAGUGAAGCAAUGACACACUUACUGGUAUCCUUAUCAGUCACACUCUUUUGGUUCUCAUCAGUCCCUACCGGCCCAACCGGAGGGACUAGAGGUUUUGUCUCCGUCCUUCUGUCUGUCUGUCUGUCUGUCUGUCUGUCCCACUUAGUUUUCCAGACUGUUGUUUCCGCAAUGCCUCAAGAUACUGAGCUGAAAUUUUGUGUUUAGCUUUAUUGUUUAUAGCUUUACUGUUACAGACCACAUUUGAUUUUCAUGGGGAUUCACCCAGAGCUAUGGUCUGAUCAUUUCAUUUUUAUUUCAACUUAUUUCCACGCUUAUAUCCAAUUAAGGUUCAAGCAUGCUGUCCUGGGCACACAUCUCAGCUAUCUGGGCUGUCUGUCCAGGCCAGUGGGUUAGUUG